AUUCAAUCCAAAUUCAAACCCAAACCCAAAAAAGCCAGAACGAAGCUCUAAUAUUCACCCAACAACCCUAUCUUCCCUCCAACCACACAUCAAAAUCCGAAAUCAUCUCCAAAAGCAGAAGUCUUAUUCUAAUCGUUAAACCCGAAUUCAGACUAUGAGAUCCCUCGCAAAGCGACCGACCAAAUGAGGCAGGAAGCAUCAGCUAUCUUUCGCAGGAGAAAGAAGGUACAGGUAAGAUUACAUAGUAGUGAUAAAAUUGUUCCUUCAAUUAUAGCAAUUAAGAAGCCAGCAACUAUGUGGAAAGAGUGACGGAAGUGGAGAAUCCUCUAUUUAAACAAAAUCCCACUUGUCAAAGUGACAAGUUCUCUGAUAUUUUCGACACAAUAUCAAAAUGACGACAGCAGAAACUGUCACAAUUUUUCUUGCUUCCUUCGGAGGCUUCUUCACCGCAAUUGCGGCUUUCUUUUGUGCCCCCUUCUUUUUUGACAGAAUGGGCUGGCGGUUCCCCCUCGCGCCGUCACUUCCUCCACCUCCCCGCCAACCCCGCCACAUCCACCACAUCCACCUGCCCGGCCCGGCCCACGAUCCUCCUUUUGCAGAAGGCUCAACGGAGCUCCGUGAGCUUCAACGGAUUCGGGUCGAAACCCGGAUGAUUCGAAUCUGCUCCGAGGUCAUCGGAAUGAUGGCCAUUCGAAACAACGCCAAUUCGGAAGCAGAAGCCCGCCAAUACUGCGAUAAGUUCGAGAGACUCACCACCGAUGAUCCCAUCGAUGACAAGUAAAUCCGACAUAUUAAAACGACACUAUUCUUAACAGCACUAUUCUUAACCACACUAUUCUUAUCCUAUUCUUAUUAAUACAAAUAUAUUUAUCACCAGCGAUAAGCUUGCACUUCUCAGUCAGUGCUGGUGACUAUUAGCCUUCGGGCGAAGCCAAGACGAGCUCUUCAUCCAUCCCGUUCAAUUUUGUUUGUUAACUGCACAUAUGCUAACACAUCUUCAUGAAGACUAGGUUACCUUUCUCCAGUACCACUUUCGAAAUCGAAACAACUCGGCCUUAUUUUCUGCUGUUAGCAGCGAGUCGAAUUUGAAGUCUUUGCUGUCCUCGAAUGCAGAAGAUAAGUCCCAUUCCUGAUGUUGAACCUCUAGUUGACUUGGGACCUCUGCUGUAGUCUGCACGCUAACUUGACCGUCAAGGAUGGCUCUAAAGAUUUUUACUGUCGAUGUUGCUCUCGAAGGAAGAUGUUGCGCCCAGAGCGAUUCACCCUCGGACCCAAAAUCCUUCCAUCUCGUGAAGAAUCUGGCCCAUCCAAGGCCUUCAAAAAAUUUGAAGUCAAUACGGUAUUCCGUGGGGCAUUUGCAACAUCUCCU